AAGCCUGAGAAAUACGUCAGAAAGGUUAGGUGUUAGGAGCCAUGUUGCUUCCGUGUUCUGCUCUGUCUCUCCCACAGGCUGAGGAGGACGACGAGCAGCGGACCUACCAAGUGAUAUAAGCUAUAAAGGUCACAAGAAGAAGAAGAAGACACCUCCACCGCUCAUACUUGAUGCCGGUAUUUUAAUAACUGCUUGAGAAGAUCAAGAUGGAAGCUGUUGGCUUCUAGAUUCUUAUUAGUUGGUGGUUCCAACAGAGGAAGCCAAUCUAUAUAUUUCUGAGACUGGAAGUAAUCCUACACUACUCUGAUAUCAGCUGUUUGGCAAACAUAAAGUGGUGUGCCCAGUGCCAGUCAUCAGUCAUCACAACCACAGUUGGAAGCUGCGCUUGUGUGUGCUGGAUGCAGACGUGCGGCCUGAUCAUCUGUCUGGGAAUCACGUCACCCGCUUACGUCUAAUGCAAACCACGUCAUUGCAUAACAACUGAAUGGCGGAGGCCUGAGAGAAGACACAUUAUACAUAACACGCCCGCUGAGUCAGAGGCCCGUGGUGCUCGGGUAGUGAAGAAGGCCACUGUGCAUCAGCUUGAGCAGGGAGGUGAGGUGAUGGUGGGGGACGGGUACAGCUGGCUCUGGAAUAACCCUGUCACACGGGAGGUGGCCCGGUGUCCCAAGAGAUUCGGGGACCUGGUGUGGGGCAGUAAUCAUCACUGGAGUGGUGGUCAUCAGGUUGCAAAGCAGGUGUCUGAGAAAGUUUCUGAAGUUCCUGUCAACAUGCUUAACAUCCCCUCAUAUGCACGCUGGUUUGUACGCCUUGCUGGCAUCUCAGGCGCCUCAGCUGUUGCUCUUGGGGCAUAUGGUGCCCAUGUGUUUUAUCGGCGAGAUUACCCUGAGGAGCUGAAGCAAGUGUAUGAGACAGCCAACAGAUACCACUUCUUGCACACACUAGCGCUGCUUGGUGUACCUCUCUGCCGACGACCCAAACUGGCUGGCACACUUAUAUUCACUGGGACAGCUAUUUUCUGUGGCACUUGCUACUUUUAUGCACUGACGGGAUCCAAGAACAUCAGACAGUACACACCCUACGGAGGAAUGUUGCUGAUUGCAGGCUGGCUGGCCAUGGUUCUUUAAUUGUACUACAUGCAUGUGGGAGGAAUUCAGAUAACUAGAAUCGGAACAAGAGUGAUUGUUAUUCACAAAUAUUGAUCAAUAAAUUGUUGAAUAUUGAAUGUUAGCAGAGAUGCUUAAUUGAACAGAAAUCUGAAAGACUUUAGUGAAGAAAGAAUAUUUUGGUAUUCUGAUAAAACAGGUCUGUUUCAUACAGGAAUGUGACUAAAAGGAAGAAAGGAUGAAAGAAAACUAAGCUUACAUCACAGAUCUCCAUUAGUAUUCAUCACCAUCUUAUGUUAACGUGAAUCCCAAUUGAACAAAAUAAAUAUUAUGACCAUAUCUACUUUGCAUUGCAUAAGUGAAAUGGAUGUAAACCAUGAAUACAGAUUGUGUACAUGGUCAUUGUAGUAAUGUAUAAAAAAAACAUAUUAAAGAGGCUUAAAGCAGUGAUGUUUACCAGCAUAUAGUGGUAAAUAUUUCAUUAACUGUUCUUUAUGCUUUCCAGAAAUUACCCUCAGAUUUUUAAACAAUGUAAUAUUGAAUAUACUGAGAAAAAAAAAACAAAACAGUGAAGCCUCAUGAUAACCUGCACUUUGUAUGUGGCAAAAGCUUCUCCUUGGCUCCUUUUGAUUCCCUGUGUAAGGAUGACUUUUCCCUCUGCCUGUUUUUCUGCCUCUCUUAGCUUAACUGAUGCCUUCCAGCUGAUUGAAUAUUCCCAUAGUGGUGAAGUGUAUUAGCUCUAUCCCUUUGUAUUCCACUGCAGAGUGAGUUAAAAGCAUGAAGCUCAAGGGCAGAUAGAGAAAGGAAAGUUAGAUAUCAGGCUAUAAAAAGUUUGCAAGUUUCAUAGCUUAUGAUACAGAAGGUGUACAGUAAGGGCAUCUUUAGGGAAGAUUUGUUUAUUUUUAUGGAGGUUGUUGAGAUGUACAUUAUGAUUUAUAUAAUGUUUGCAAAUGUAGCGAAUGAUAUUAGGUGGAUGCAUUAAAAUUAUAUAUUAAUUUUGGAAAAA